AUGGAGCCCGCAGACCCCUUCCUCCAAGUCCAAGCAGACGUCCUCAAAACUCUCCAAACCUCCCGCCCGCUCUUCUCCUCCUACCUCCGCAUCCGCUCCCUCGCCAAAUCACCCACCAACCCGGAACUCCAACAAUCGCGCUCCGAACUCGAAACAAACCUCACCGACCUCUCCGCCGACCUCGACGACCUCAUCGAGAGCGUCCGCGUCGUCGAGCAAGACCCCUACCGGUACGGCCUCGAGCUCGAAGAAGUCUCCCGCCGGCGCCAACUCGUCAACGAUGUCGGCGCGGAAGUCGAGAACAUGCGGCUGGAGCUGCAGCGCGCUGUGUCGACCGCCGACCACCAGCAUAAUGCGGGACUGCCGAACCCGGCGGAUUUUGCGGAUGACAGUGAGGGGGAGGAGGAGGGGUUAGGGGGCAGGGGAGGGGAUCAUUAUGCGGCGAUGGAGCAGCAGAGACAGGUGGAGCUGAUGCAUGAGCAGGAUGAGCAGCUGGAUGGGGUGUUUCGGACGGUGGGGAAUCUGAGAGACCAGGCGAAUGACAUGGGGAGGGAGUUGGAGGAGCAGGCUGUUAUGAUUGGGGAGGUGGAUACGUUGGCUGAACGGGUUGGGGGGAAACUGCAGGGGGGGAUGGCGAGGUUGAAGCACAUUGUGCGGAAGAAUGAGGAUUCAUAUUCGUCAUUCUGCAUUGCGGUUCUCAUUUUCGUUUUGGUACUAUUAUUAAUUCUGGUGAUCGCGUUGUGA